UGCACACCUGCCCUCCUGAUUAGAUCUUUCUCCUCUGUUUUCCUUAAUUGUCGCUAUUAGGAGUAUUUCAUUUUGGGCUGUUUGACUCCCCCUAGCAGAGUUGUUGCUCUCUCUCCCUCCCUUUCCCUGUGAUGGUGUCCCCCCCUGCCCUGCCUGCAUUUGCUGAGCUGGUUCCCCUCCUCUAUCAGCGAGCUGUCAGUCACCGCGGCGGCUUCUCUUUCAUCUCUCCCCACAGCAGACACAGGCAGAGGGGGAGAGGGAGGGGGGCACAGGAGGAGGGGGAUGUUACAUUUACAUUACACAAACAGACACUGCUUGCCCCUUCACAUUUCAUAGGGAUAACAGCCUGCCUUCUCCCACUCCCAUCCUACAGCUAGUGCAGGAGUUUUACUGACUUCCAGCCACAGUGUGCCCAAACUUUGACCCAGCGGAGAACCACAGACACCAGAAGGGGGAAGAGGAGAGGGCCAGGCAAGAGGAUGGAAUAACCUUGGGAUCUUGCGGGUAAGCGGAGACUGGAGUUUUACCUGAGGGUCCAGAGGAGGAGCCCAGCCUCCCACUCAAACUCCCCGAGUCACACAGGCUGCCAGUCACUCUCAGAGCAGUCUCACUUGCAGAGAGCUUAGAGGAAACUACAAUAAUCUUUUUUUUUUCUCACAAGAACAAAGAGGGGCCAUUAUUCGCUGCCUUGUCCCUGCACCAGAGUCAUUGCGGCAAGUUUCUUGUCUCUCUACUUCUCAGACAUCCUCCUGGCUUACUCACCACUGAGUCACCGUGCUGGGACUAAAGCUCCUUCCAUCUUAGUCACAGUCACAACAAACUUCGUAUUUUCUUUGUGGCAUUCCAUGUGACGCUCAGAAAGGGAAAGAAGAAAGUUUCGAUGGUCACACAAAAAGUUCUUUAAAGAGUUCAGAGGUCUGCAGGGUGACCCCAUGCCUCUCACUCAGCGCCUGCUAGACACGUGAAGCCUGGAUCACCUGGAUAACAGAGAGGAAGGAGACCUUUCUGUCUGAGUAGAAGUUAUUACACCCUCUGCAGCUGGGAUACCAGUGGUACAGAGAUCUGCUUUUCCCAUAACUAGGAUUUCCCUGCUAAUGGUGCUUGGUGCAUAGGUUUGGGGGAGAUUUUGCAUUUUCUUGUUUGUUUCCUGACCCUCUGUGCACAGUAGUGGUGUGUCCUGUCACUAAGCCAUGCCUCAGCUCUCUGGAGCAGGGGGAGGCAAUGGAGGUGGUGGAGACCCUGAGCUGUGUGCAACUGAUGAGAUGAUCCCAUUCAAGGAUGAGGGGGAUCCCCAGAAGGAGAAGAUUUAUGCUGAGAUCAGCCACCCGGAGGAGGAGGGGGACCUGGCAGAUAUCAAAUCUUCUCUGGUGAAUGAGACUGAGAUCACACCAAACAGCAACAGCCAUGAGGUGCAAUUCUGGUUUGCAGAGGUAUCUCUUAGGAAUGGAGAGAAGAUAUCAAGAAGGCAAGAUUCCUACCAUGAAAAGUCCCGGGGGCACCCAGAUGAUGCUGGAAAACAUCCGGAUGGUGGUUUAUAUAGCAAAGGCCCUUCGUAUCCUGGAUACCCAAGUUACAUCAUGAUGCCAAAUAUGAAUAAUGACCCAUACAUGUCAAAUGGCUCUUUGUCUCCACCCAUUCCAAGAACAUCAAACAAGGUUCCAGUGGUACAGCCAUCACAUGCAGUGCAUCCUCUCACUCCACUCAUCACGUACAGUGACGAACACUUUGCACCAGGAGCUCACCCUUCACAUAUGCCGUCAGAUGUUGGCUCAAAGCAAGGCAUGCACAGACAUCCUCAAGCACCUGACCUACCUACCUUCUACCCACUGUCUCCUGGUGGUGUGGGCCAGAUGACACCGCCUCUUGGCUGGUAUUCACAUCACAUGGUUCCUGGUCCUCCAGGUCAUCAUACAACUGGAAUCCCUCACCCUGCUAUUGUCAAUCCUCAGGUUAAACAAGAACAUCACCAUAAUGACAACGACUUAAUGCACAUGAAAUCUCAUCAUGAACAGAGAAAAGAACAGGAGCCAAAAAGACCUCAUAUAAAGAAGCCGCUGAAUGCUUUCAUGUUGUAUAUGAAAGAGAUGAGAGCCAACGUUGUAGCAGAGUGUACGCUUAAAGAAAGUGCAGCUAUCAAUCAGAUUCUCGGCAGAAGGUGGCAUGCUUUGUCCCGCGAAGAACAGGCCAAAUAUUACGAGUUAGCCCGCAAAGAAAGGCAGCUACACAUGCAGCUCUACCCAGGCUGGUCCGCAAGAGACAACUAUGGCAAAAAAAAGAAAAGGAAGAGAGAAAAGCUCCAGGAAUCCACAUCAGGUGCAGGCCCACCAAGAAUGACAGCUGCCUACAUCUGAAGCAUGGAGGGAAAAAUAAUUAAUUCUCAGCGUGUAAAGCAAAGGCAGCAACAGCAGGAGGACUCCUGGAGAUGGAAGCUUGUUAAACUCCCCAACUUCUCCAUAACCGGCGCCACAAUUCCCUAAGGAGUCUGCCAAUGACAUUGAUAUGCCACUGCUAGAGACAUUGUACCUAAUAGACAAUCACUGCCUGAAGUUUGCACCACUGGUACCAGGGCCUUCGUGUAAUUCACCUCAAUCCCCAGGGAUGGAAGACAUUGGAAGAUCAUCAGGAUACAUAACUAGCUACCGUUUUCAUACUUCCUGUCUGCAGAGUUCACACAGCGUAUGCGACGUUCUUUAUAGAAGCCAGCCACAGACCAAACAGCGUGCUGACAAUGGACAGAAAACAUGGACAAGACAAAACUCUUUUAUUUAAGAAUGGAGCAAAAGGAUCAAACUUUUUUUUUGUUUCUUUUUUUUUUUAAUCAUUGUAUUGUUUAUUCUCCAUAAAACUUGAAUGCUUUUAUAUAUCAGAUUUAGAGUUGAUUGAUGUAUAUUUUAUUGGUCAGGGCUGAAACACAGCCCAUCUUUUCCUGCAAAAAAAAGUAGUUUUCUGUGUUUUUUUUUUCUGCACAGAUUUUUUUUUCUACUUUAUUUACGUAGGGACAUACAGAAGCAACCUUUGACACUACCAUUGUUCAAAAAGAUCAUUACUGAAAUAUUAUGUAUUUAAAAAUAUAUAUAGUAGAGUUCUUUUUGCUGAAAGAAACACUAUCUGACAUUGUUUUAAAAUAUUCUUAUUGAUAGAUGCUGUUCACUGUUAGGCCCAGCUGGUAUUCUUACAGUUGAUGAUAUGACAAUAGAGGAAGGUGUUUUUGCAGCCCCCACUAAUGUUGAUCACUGCAGAUAUGCAAUGUAAGUUACUCCCAUGUGUUUUUUUUUAGGAAUUCUUCUAAAAUAUAAAAGUAAAUGACUUGGUGUAGUUAUGGUUGGUUGUCUGAGGAACAUGGGAGAUACAGUUCCACAACAGUCCAUCCAUGUACCUAAGGUUGUCCAUUCAUCCUAUACGCUCAUGGCUGUUCCUGAAAGACUAUCGUUGUUCCCUAUUAAUUUAUGAUUUUGUACAGACGGCGACAAAAAGAAUGUGCAUAUCUGCCGUAUAUUUCAUAAGUUAUCACAGAUAGUGUAGGCUCGUUGCCUCACCACCCAGCUACUUCAGCAGAAAAGUUUAAAAGUUAUCUCUCGUUUUAUACAUAAUCAUGUUCUCAAUCUUUUCUGUUUGUAUUACGUCAACUACAUAUAUUUAAUAUAAGAUUGAUCUUGUAGGAUGACUGGCAGAGACUUAUAUUUGGAAAAGCAUCCCGUAAUUCACAAGGAAAGAGUGAUGCAGUUUUGUGUAUUCUCCUUCCAUACAUUGUGAAGAAAGCCCAGCACUUGGAUUCAUUGUAACAAUGUAAAUUGUUUUGUAUUGUAUUUUUUUUCUUUUUUCUUCCACUAACCUAUAGUGGAUUUGGAUGCCAGUUGUUUAAAAAAAACCAACAUUUAAUGUAUCCCUAUUAUUGAUAGCAAAGGGCAGGCUUUGCAGAAAGAAAAUUUUCAAUUCAACUUUUUUUGUCAUUCCAAUUUGAGUAAAUGUGCUGAGCAUAUGUUUUUAAAAAAAGCUUUGUAAUAAAACAGAAAAAAAUAUUAUAA